GAGGGGGGGGCUUAGAACCGUCUUCGGUUCUGGGCUGGCCUGUCGAUGUCGGAUUUGCAAGCCUCUUCAGUCUCUUCUCUUCUCUUCAUCAUCGUCUUCAGCUCCUGGUCGCCGUUUUUCAUGUUUCUCAUUGUUUUUUUUAUUUUGGUAUCCAGGGUCUCAGAUGAUAAGAGUCAAAGCUAUGCGGGAUAGGAGCGUGUCGCAGUAGAGUGGGAUAGAGAGAGAGAGGUUUUUUUUUUUUUUUUUUUUUUUUUUUCUUCUACCUGCACCCGGCGUGCUCUCUUCCGCUAGACGCGUCCUCUCUUUAGCUGUUUAGGAAGGACACGGAUUGGAGUUCGACUAGGAGAACGAUUAGUUUGGAUGUUGGGGAAAGGGAGGGAGUGAGAGUGAAUUACUGUGGUGGUAGUAGUGGUGGUUGACAAGAUGAGGGGAUUGUUCAAGGAGAAGAAGCGGACCACCGCGGACCUGGUUCGGGGGACGAGGGAGUUGCUGCUGUCGCUGAGUGCGGCACGCGAUCCGAAGCGUGAGGAGAAGAUGAUGGAGGUGGCGAAGAACGUCAGGGACAUGAAAAUAGUGUUGUAUGGGAAUAGCGAGGCGGAGCCUGUCCCGGAGGCGUGUGCGCAGCUGACGCAGGAGAUGUUCCGGGAGGACGCAAUGCGCUUGAUGAUACAAUGUUUGCCGAAAUUCGACUUGGAGGUGCGGAAGGAUAUUACGCAGGUGGUGGCCAAUUUGCAGCGGCAGCAGGUGCAGUCGCGCCUGAUCGCUGCGGAUUAUUUGGACCGGAACAAGGACCUUCUCGAUCUCCUUGUGGCGGGCUACGACAAGCCGGAUAUGGCGUUGCACUAUGGCACCAUGCUGCGGGAGUGUAUUCGGCACCAGAGUAUUGCGCGGUACGUGCUGGAUUCGCAGCAACACUUGUGCAAGUUCUUCCAGUACAUAGAGUUACCUAAUUUCGAAGUUGCGUCCGACGCUGUUGUCACUUUCAAGGAGCUCCUGACGAGACAUAAGUCCACAGUCGCGGAUUACCUCAGCAAGAAUUACGACUGGUUUUUUAAUGAAUUCAACACAAAGCUUUUGACGUCUCCGAAUUAUAUUACGAGACGGCAAAUGGUGAAGUUGCUGGGCGAUAUUCUGUUGGAUCGUUCCAAUGUCAAUGUGAUGAUGCGGUAUGUCAGUUCGAUGGAAAACAUGCGCAUCCUCAUGAACCUCCUGAAGGACUCGAGCAAGAGCAUCCAGAUAGAAGCGUUUCAUGUUUUCAAGGUUUUUGUGGCCAAUGAGAACAAGCCACCCGAAAUUGUGAACAUCUUGGUGGUUAAUCGAAGUAAGUUCCUCCGGUUCUUUAGCGACUUUAAGAGUGAGAAGGAGGAUCCGCAAUUCGACCAGGACAAGGCUCAAGUCGUAAAAGAAAUUGCGAGUUUGGAACAGUCGUAGCUCGCAUCCUGCCCCUGUUUGUGUGACCGAAACACGAUUCCACCAAGGUUUUCAGCCCCUGAAUCCAAGAGAUGUACGCCUGACUCAUGAUGUAACCUAUUAGACGGUUACUAGUAGGGUUAUUUGCGCUGAAACAUAAACUGGAAGUAUAUUGCAUUAAACGCGCUCUGGUCAUCACGGUAUAGAUUCAUGUACAUGUGUAAGCAUUACAUAUGCUGGCUUGGUUCAUCGGCCAGAAGCUCUUUUCUUCUGUUGGUGGUCUGCGUUAGAAUGUCCACCUGAGAGAGGGAGAGGGGGAGAGAGAGAGAGAGAGAAUACUGUAGUUACGUUUCAAGAUUUUGUAACUGAAAUUAUUUGACACCUUUGGUCCAUUGUAUAGUUUUUAUUAACCAUCUACCACAGUCCCGUUAACAUGGAGACUGAAGACUCCGUGUGUUCUGUAUUUCGUUAAAAAGGCUUGUUUCUGGACCUAUUUGUGUUCAAUUUGGAUUAGCAAUUUCAGCUCCCUCUCGGGGAUAUGCUCGUAGUUGCCUUCUGACA